AUUACUCUUUAUAGAAAUAUUGCUAUGGUUCAUGGACUUCGGAUAAAUGAGCCACUUUUACAAAGUUUAGAAAAGUAAAUUCAUUAAUUAUCUAUGUUCAUUAAUUAAUCAUCGGCUGAUCCAAGUUUUAAUUGUCAAGGUGCUGCGUUUGACUUCUAGCUGAUACAUUACAUAUUACAUGCGCUUCAUAGUGUCUCUUAUUUGGGCAUAAUUAGAAAUUUUUUGUUCAUUAUAACCGUUUACAAAUAUGCCUAUGAAGACCAAAGAUGCACGCUUUAAGUUUUUUGGAGAUCAUAACAAAUUUCUACAAAGAAUAAAGAAGACGUUAUAUUAUGGCUCAAUACCAAAAACAGAUUGUUUGAGUCUACCAGUAACAGAAUUGGCUGCCGAAUUGUUUUCUCAACCCCAACAUGGACAUUCACUAGAAAGACUGCAAUGUAACGAUGCUGCUAAAAUUUCACGAAAUGCAUGUGUAUCACCAUGUUCCUUAGUUCUUGCUGUUCUUUAUUUGGAACGUUUAAAACUAAUUAAUCCUGAUUAUCUGCAACAAGCUUUACCUUCUGAAUUGUUUCUAGUAUCAUUGAUGAUUUCAAGUAAGUUUUUGCAUGAUGAUGGAGAAGAAGACCAAGUUUUUAUUAAGGAAUGGGCUGCGUCAGGUAGAAUUUCAGCAAUAAGACUAAUUCAGUUAGAGAAAGAAUUUCUUGAAGCAAUUCAAUGGGAUAUUCAUGUUAAUCAUUGUAUUUUCUGGAAGAAACUAGUUGAAUUAGAAAAAAUCAUUGCCACAAAAGAAGGAAGAAAUAGGGGCUGGUUCACAUACACUGAACUGGAAAAUCUUUUAAAAACAAUUAACAUCAAUGACUUUUUGCAGUACAUUUGUGGAGUAUCUGUAGUAUUGCUUACAACGUAUGCUAUUGGUUUUUUAACUAUCUUAGGAGCUGUACAUCUAGUAAGCAAAAUGCCCGGAAAUUCUUUAACUCCCUCAAUAAAGUAUGUAGCUGAUGAUAAUAUCUCAAAAAGCAAACAAAACUUGACAAAUACUCAAGAGGAAAAUGCAAUUACCAUUAAAAAUUUUACUGAUCAGAUUGAAACCAAUAAUUAUGGUCCCAAAGUUAUUAAGAAAUCACUUGAUGCAGCUGAUGUACUUAAAACAGGAAUUCUCCUUGCUUCAAUAAAAUCACCUCCAGUAAACCUGUUAGAUGAAAUAGUAGAUAAUUUUGAUAGCAAUGAGGAAAAUAAUAAAACUGCAGAAUUUAUCUCCUGGGAUUGGUGGAAUUGUACAUCACUGGUUUUAUUGGGGGAGACCUCAAAAAUGAUUGAAACAGUGAUUAUUGAUUUCAAAUGCUUUAUUUACAACCAGUAUCAAGAAAAGUGUUUGGCAAAUUGUAAAGUUUUAGAUCUUGAAGAUCAGUUACAUAAAGCCACAAAAGUACGAAUUCAGGACCAAAUUGAAAGAUCAUGGCACAAGGAAUGGACAGACAUGUUUAAAAACUUAUUCUCAAAGACAGACACUUUAGCCAAAUUUCUAAUGUAAAAUUUAUCUUUUUCAAUGGAGAAUAAAAUAUAUUUAAACAUGUUA